UAUCACUCCAUCCAUCCAUCCAUCUUGCUCUCCACCUGGUAGCGUAUUCGUGUCUCCGUGCUGCAUGAUUUUGGUUUAGAGUCUUCUGGCUUUGAAGAAAAGGGCGAAAUUAUUCAAGUAAAAGGACGACGGACAACUGUCUCUUGGGAAUAAAUGUGUGUGUGUGUUUCUGUUCUGCUUGGGGACACUUCGCCGCCUCAUAACAAGGACUGAACUCGAGUGAAGACGGAAGUUUUACCGGGACGACCCAAGUCUUCAAUCGCUCUGCUUUUUUUUCCCCCCACAGUAUCCCUCAGAACCAUGAGAGGGAGCAUGGAGGAGAGAAGUGGAUGAUGGGAGGCGUAGAAACAGCAUUAAGAGGUGCAGGAAUAUGACAAGACUCUGUUGUGACUCCUGGUGUGCAAAAGUGACCUUUGACACUGGAGACAAGAACUUUCUACACUCCAAACAGUCGAGCUGACAUCAAAUAAUCAGACAUUUUAUUUUUUGUUACAUUUGAACUUUCUUUCCAGACCCUCAUGUCCCACAGGAAAUGGUUUUAAAGCUUUAACCACAUGACAUAAGCACAACAAUCGCUGGACGGAUGUGGAUCGCAGCAGCUGUAGGGAUGAAUCACUGGGGCAGGGGGAACGCCGGGAACGCCAGUAAAUUGGACAGAAGUGGGCCGCACAGGGGGAGGCUGAUGACGAUGCUGCUGUGGAUUAUCCUCUCCAGCUCGCUGUGCCUGAUGGUCGAUGGCCAGAUGAAGAUCUCACCAGAAACCGUGCAGCAGUGGGCCGUAUCCUUCGGCAAAGAGAUAGCCGCCCUGUCAGCCAGAUACUCUGGAGCUAAACUGCUACAGAAGAAAUACAAGGAUAUCGAGGGUGUGGUGAAGAUAGAAGAAGUGGACGGAGAGGAGCUAGUAAAAAAGUUUGCUGAGGAGAUGGAGGAGAUGCUCGGGAGGAAGAUGAAGUCUGUGAAGAGGCUGGCCGAAGCAGCAGAGGAUGCUGACUAUUACCACGAGUACAACGACACAAUGGAGUUUGAGUACUAUAACUCCAUGCUGAUCAACACGGUGGACGAGGACGGGAACCCACUGCCACUGGGAGGAGAAUUUCCUCUGGAAGAAAACGAGCACUUUAAUAAAUUACCAGUCAACACUCAGCAGAGCAACAUACAGGUCCCCACUAAUGUCUAUAACAGAGAUCCAGAUAUUCUGAAUGGAGCCUACAUGUCUGAGGCCCUAAAUGAAGUGUUCAUUGAUAACUUCCAGAAAGAUCCAACCCUCACCUGGCAAUACUUUGGCAGCUCUACAGGCUUCUUCAGGUUGUACCCAGGGAUCCAGUGGAUUCCAGACGAAAAUGGCGUGGUCACUUUUGAUUGCAGGAACAGAAACUGGUACAUUCAGGCAGCCACGUCUCCUAAAGAUGUUGUGAUCGUGGUGGAUGUCAGCGGCAGCAUGAAGGGACUCAGACUGACCAUAGCCAAACACACCAUCAACACAAUCCUGGACACACUGGGAGAAAAUGACUUUGUUAACAUCAUAGCUUACAGUGACUAUGUUCGCUACGUGGAGCCCUGCUUUAAGGGCAUGCUGGUUCAAGCUGAUCUGGAUAACAGAGAGCAUUUCAAGCUUUUGGUUGAAGAGCUUCAUGUCAAAGGAGAAGGCAAAGUUAAAAAUGCAAUGAAGGAGUCUUUCAAAAUCCUUAACGAGGCUGCAGCACUGGGCCAAGGAAGCUUGUGUAACCAGGCAAUCAUGCUGAUAACAGACGGCGCCAUGGAGGACUUCAAGGAUGUUUUUGAAGAGUUCAACUGGCCAGAGCGACGGGUUCGAGUGUUCACCUAUCUGAUUGGACGAGAGAUGACAUUUGCUGAUAAUGUUAAAUGGAUUGCCUGCAACAACAAGGGUUACUACACACAUGUCUCCACGCUGGCUGACGUCCAGGAAAACGUUAUGGAGUAUCUCCAUGUUCUCAGCCGACCAAUGGUCAUCAACCAUGAUCAUGACAUCAUCUGGACUGAGGCCUACAUGGACAGCGUGCUGUUCAACACUCAGGCCCAAAGCCUCCUCCUGAUGACUUCAGUAGCCAUGCCUGUGUUCAGCAAGAAGAAAGAAACUUUGUCUCAUGGGAUUCUACUGGGAGUGGUAGGAACUGAUGUGGCCUUGAGAGAACUGAUGAGAUUAGCUCCAAGAUACAAGCUGGGCGUCCAUGGUUAUGCCUACCUUGUCACCAACAAUGGCUACAUCCUAUCUCAUCCUGACCUACGACCUCUGUAUAAAGAGGGAAAGAAGCUAAAGCCGAAACCCAACUAUAACAGCGUUGAUCUGUCAGAGGUGGAAUGGGAAGACACUGAGGAAAAAUUGAGAACAGCCAUGGUUAAAGGAGAAACUGGAAAGAUGUCUCUAGAUGUGAGAACGUCAGUGGAUAAAGGAAGGAGAGUCAUGUUCCUGAAGAAUGAUUACUUCUACACUGUCAUCAAUGAAACACCAUUUAGUCUGGGUAUAGUAUUGACCAGGGGAUAUGGACAGUAUAUCUUCAUUGGAAACGUCUCUGUUGAGGAGGGUCUCCAUGACUUGCUGGCUCCAGACCUGACUAUAGCGGACGAAUGGACCUACUGUGAGACAGACAUUGACCCGGACCAUCGUAAGCUGAGUCAGCUGCAGGCUGUGGUACAAUACCUCACUGGCAAAGAGCCAGAUCUGGAGUGUGAUGUGCUGUUGUUGCAACAAACUCUAUUUGACGCUGUGGUCACGGCUCCUAUGGAAGCCUACUGGACUGCUCUAAUGCUCAACACAUCUGGUAUGGACGAGGGGAUCGAAACAGCUUUCUUAGGAACCCGCUCAGGUGUGAUGAGAUUCCAGAGAUACACUGGUAUUGAGAAAAGAACUGCCAAGUCUUUCCUGACCUCCACAGACAAGGAGAAUAUGUUCACAUUGGACCAUUUCCCAGUGUGGUAUCGCAGAGCUGCUGAGUACCCAGUUGGACAGUUUCUAUACUACAUGCCCAGACAGGAGACUCGAGCAGGGAGGAUUGUGAUUGCAACCACCGCUGUCACUGUUACAGUCGGCAAGAAAACAGCCAUCGCAGGAGCCAUCGGUGUCCAGAUGACUCUGCAGGUGGUCGAGUCCAGAUUCUGGGCCAUUGUAGUACAGCCAAAUGACACAGAUUGCUCUAAUGUAGAGGGGACUUGUCCUCUUCGCUGUGACAGCUUUGAUAUUAACUGCUAUGUGAUUGACAAUAAUGGCUUUGUCCUAGUUUCUAAACAGCGCAGUGAUGCGGGAAGAUUCUUGGGCGAGAUUGACGGCUCAGUUAUGACCACACUGAUCAGAAUGGGCAUGUUCAAAAGGGUGUCCUUGUUCGAUUACCAGGCCAUGUGUAAGAUGAAUUUGCACUCUGUCAGCGGCGCCCGUCCACUUCUCAGUCCAUUCUAUGGUUUGGCUUCAGCUCUCAAGUGGUUCCUCUCUAACUUCCUACUAUUUCUGCUGGAGUUUAACAUCUGUGGCUUGUGGCACACGGAGCACUUUGCUGAUGCCAAGCCAUCUUUCAGUGUGUCCUCAGCUCACAAGAAAAAAGGGGACAUCUUGCAGCCGUGUGACACAGAGUACCCCAGCUUCGUCUACGAGCCGUCUGUCAAAGAGACCAACAGCAUUAUUAAGUGUGGACGCUGCCAAAAGAUGUUUGUGGUGCAACAGAUACCAGAGAGCAAUCUGUUGAUGUUGGUUGUGCAGGCAGACUGUGACUGCUCCAGACAGUACUCUCCCAUCACCUUGGAGCCCAAAGAAGUCAAAUAUAAUGCCUCAGUUAAGUGCGACAGGAUGAGGUCACAGAAGAUUCGCCGACGGCCUGAGUCCUGCCAUGCCUACCACCCCCAGGAGAACGCCAAUGACUGUGGAGGAGCCUCUGUUAUAUCGCUCUCUGCCUCUCUCUUCCUCAUCUGUCUCUCCUUCUCGGCACUCGUCUCCUGAUGAUUGACUGCUUGGCUGUUUCAUCCAUUUUCGGGAGAUUAAAAUGAAUCAAGAGAUGUGUUUGAUACUGGACACCUAAAAAAACGUACCUAAAUCUACGUAUUUUGCUUAUGACAACUACACACGAAGACUCUAAAGGCGAACUCUUGAUGUGGUUUCUUAUCGCUUAUUGGUUGACGCCUGGAAAUUAUUACAUCUGAACUGAAAACAGCAAAGAAAGCAAGUUAAUGGGCUGUUGUUGCCAUGGAUACUUUUCCAUUAGUUACUGUCUCCUACAAAACCUUUGCAUCUCAAAAAUAAAGAGAUGAAGAGAUGCAGGUGGUGCAUUGAUAAAAGUGGCUUAUGAGUCACAAGGUGCAACAAAGUCCAGGGGGAAAAUAUGUCUUUCAUUUCCAAUAUCUCACUGAACUGAAAUUGCAGACACGCAUGCAUAUUAUAUAUGCAGCUGCAAGCAUGCACACCACGAGCACUCCAUCAUCCUGAAUGCUUUAUCUAUGACUUUUUGGUAUUUUUGGUACCAGUGAAUGAGAGAAGGGAGAGAAGGGCUAUAGUGAUACUGUAUAUGGUGAACUGGUAAACAUCGUUGUGCAACAUCAGUGUUGCUGCUAGAAGCGAUGUUUUACAAGGUCGUUUGGAAUAUUUGUUUUACUGAAUCUUCUGCAAAUCUCAAAAGUCAAUUCCAAGAAAAUAUAGUUAUAUAAAAUUAACAUAAACAUUAAAAUGUAAUAAAGAGUUCCUUCAGGGGCUCACCUUUUGAAUUUUUUAUGAAUUACCUCCUAAAAAAUAUUUGUUUUAUGUGACAGUUCUUUUCAAACAUAUCUGCCUUUCUGUCUUUAUCAGCUAAUCUUUCUGUGUGUUUGAUCAUACUGUAUGUAAUCAUGUUUGUCUUUUUGGUUGGCCAUGAUUGUGGAAACUGGGACAUUCACAUCGUGAAGGUCUACAAUCAACGUAGACAACAUUAUGAUGGAUUAUUUUUAUUUUAUUUUCCUAAAUGCAGUUACAUGGUACAUGGAACGCCCCACAAUAGAUGUAGUUGUACAAAAACAUAAAUGUUUCUGAAAUUAAAUCAAGAAGUCCUUUUUUAAGAUGGGGAUGAUGCAUUUGCUAAAGAGACUGGAUACUCAUGCUGCAAAGUUAUGCAAGUGGUACUUAUUACUUGGCAUAAAUAACAAUCCAAAAAAUGAUAAAAAACAAUAAUGUAAGCACUCUCUCUGGGAACAAGACUGUCAAUGGAAAAAAGCAUUCAGUUCAUACUGUGUAAUUUCAUUUAAUUUUGGAAAUGCCAUAUAUGUAAUUGCGAUGUAAAUUAACAGUGUAAAUCUACUUGCAUAGGGUAUUUUUGUAUUUGCUUGUGUUUCAUAUUUUGAAGCGUUUGAAGCUAUGUGUCCCUGAAGCUCUCUGAAUCACCUCACAAAGCAUGUCUUUAAGUUGAGCUUAUGGUCUGAUGACGAAAAAUUGCCUGAGAAUUUGCUUGUUUAUGUAAUAGUCAGGUGCAUCAUUUCGGUAUGUUCUUUCUUGCUGAGAUUUGAGAGUAAAUCUUAUUCAUGUCUCAUUUUUGUUUGUAAUUUCCAUGAUUUGUAACAAGUUCUUUAUUAAAAUGUCCAUAUGGUUUUUGUACUGUA